GGGUGUGGCCAGGGAGCCUUCUUAUCACCCAGGCCAGCCAAUGCUUCCUGGCAGCCUGGCCAAUACCUCAACGCAGGCUUUGUGCUAUGGAGUCUAUCUUUUUGCUCCCGUCGCUUUUGCUGAUGGCCGUCUAUCCCAGGGGUGGGAGCCCCCAGCAUGAGUGGAUGCAAAACCCUCCAGUGCCUUCUGUGACCUCAGUGCCUUUCUUGGUGCAUCUAAAUCCGGAGUUGCAGGCUGUGCCUCCGGGAUACUCGGUGUGGCUUAACUGCAGCCACAGCUGCCCCCUGCCGGCGCAUUCCAGCCUGCACACUCAGCUGCAGCAAGGAAAGACACUCAACGGAUCCGGCUGGGUAUCUUACCAACUACUGGAUGUGAGGGCCUGGAUUUCCAAGGUGCGCUGCAUCGUCACCUGCGCAGGAGAAACGCAGGAGGCCACCGCCAGGAUCACCGCUUUCAGUGAGGGAAACCGGGGCUCAGGCCGGGCUGGGAUGAGGGGAGAAGGGUGGAGGAAGUGGGUAGUUGGCAGUUGCUUUAGGAGGUGCCUUGUGGGCCUUACCCUUCUUGCCUUAGAACCGCCGAGAAGCGUGAUCCUGGAGCCUCCGGUCCUAGUUGGCCACACAUACACUUUGCGCUGCUAUGUAACGCAUGUGUUCCCCGUGGGGUUCUUGGUGGUGAGCCUGAGGAGAGGUGGCCAGGUGGUUCAUUUUCAAAAUCUGGAGCACUUCACCCGCUCAGAUCUGGCUAAUGUCACUUUGAUCUACCCGAAGCGGGCUGGACCCAAUGACCUAUUACAACCACUCACCUGCCAUGCACGCCUCAAUCUCGACGGGUUAGUGGUGCACAGAAGCUCGGCGCCUGUUAUGCUGACGGUCCUCGCUUUGAGUCCAGCCUCCAUAGCCUUGACCUCUACCUCCAUCGCAGCCGUGGUGGGGAUGCUCCUGGUGGGGAUUGUCUACGUGCGCAAGUGCCUGGCCGUGCAGACACAGUUAUAGACGGAUGUUCGAUGCCUGACAAGAGGGAGGGGAAAAGAAGCCCAGAGUAAUAAAUUCAGAGAUUCUUGUUGGAACAAUAAAGCCU